AGCCAUCUUUUCCUCCCGGUUGCUGCUCUCUCUCCUGUAGCCCCCUCCCGGUUUCGGCAGCGCAGGGCAACUGGUUGAGUUUAUUUCAAAUAAAAACACGUCUAGCUCCCCAGCUACCUAAAUAUUCACGCAAGUCACCCAUGAAGCAUGGCGGCUAAUUUCGGGAAGAUCAUAGUCGGCAUUUACGUGGAAAUAAAACGGAGCGAUGGACGGAUACACCAGGCCAUGGUCACGUCCGUGAACGAGGAAAACGAGAGUGUGACGGUGGAGUGGAUCGAGAAUGGAGACACCAAAGGGAAAGAGAUUGACCUGGAGAGCAUAUUCUCGCUGAACCCUAACGUGGCCCCCGACGAGGAGAUCGCCGUGACACCCGAGACUCCGCCCCCUCCCGCUCAGAGUGCCACCAAGGUGCCCCGCAUUGCCAAGAACCGACGAACCAUCGCUCCCCCUAAAAAUGAAACCCCUGCAAGAGACACCCGAGCAGCGUCGGCGCGGGUGCGUCCCGGCCCCCAGCAGCCCGAGCCCCCCGCCCCGCCACAGCCAGCGCCGCCCCCCCAGGCCCCCCAGACCCCGCUGACCCAGGCCCAGGCCCAGCAGAAUGGUAGUAUCACUGACAGGUUGCGGCAGAUCCCAGCAAAAAUAGAGCAUCGAAUCUCCUCGCGGAGGAAAUCGAACUGUGUGAAGGAGGUGGAGAAGCUACAGGAGAAGAGAGAGAGGCGCCGAUUGCAGCAGCAGGAGCUGAGAGAGAAGAAGGCGCAGGAAGUUGACACUACGAUCCCCAACUAUGAGAUCAUGUACAUGAUCAGGGACUUCCGGGCCAGCCUGGACUACCGACCACUCAGCACGGCUGACCUGAUCGAAGAGCACAGGAUAUGCGUGUGUGUGAGGAAACGACCACUCAACAAAAAAGAGCUGACAGCGAAGGACCUGGACGUGAUCACCAUCCCCAGUAAGGACGUGGUGAUGGUGCACGAGCCCAAACAGAAGGUGGAUCUGACCCGCUACCUGGAGAACCAGACCUUCCGCUUCGACUACGCCUUCGACGACACCACUACUAACGAGAUGGUUUACAGGUUCACUGCCAGGCCACUGGUAGAGACCAUCUUCGAGAGGGGAAUGGCCACGUGCUUCGCUUACGGACAAACAGGAAGUGGAAAAACACAUACGAUGGGGGGAGAUUUUUCUGGGAAGAACCAGGACUGCUCUAAAGGGAUCUACGCAUUGGCUGCACGGGAUGUCUUUCUCAUGCUGAAGAAGCCGCACUAUAAGAAGUUGGAUCUGCAGGUGUUUGCCACCUUCUUCGAGAUCUACAGUGGGAAGGUGUUCGACCUGCUGAACCGCAAGGCCAAGCUCAGGGUCCUGGAGGACGGGAAGCAGCAGGUGCAGGUGGUGGGGCUGCAGGAGAGGGACGUCCGCUGCACCGAGGACGUCCUCAAACUGAUCGAAGUGGGAAACAGCUGCAGGACGUCCGGGCAGACCUCGGCCAACGCCCACUCGUCCCGCAGCCACGCGGUGUUCCAGAUCAUUCUGCGGCGGAACAGGAAGAUGCACGGCAAGUUCUCGCUCAUCGACCUGGCGGGGAACGAGCGCGGCGCGGACACGUCCAGCGCCGACCGCCAGACCCGCCUGGAGGGCGCCGAGAUCAACAAGAGCCUGCUGGCGCUCAAGGAGUGCAUCCGGGCCCUGGGGCGGAACAAACCCCACACCCCGUUCCGGGCCAGCAAGCUGACGCAGGUCCUGCGGGACUCUUUCAUCGGGGAGAACUCCAGGACCUGCAUGAUCGCCACCAUCUCUCCUGGCAUGACGUCAUGUGAGAACACGUUAAACACGCUGCGCUACGCUAACAGAGUUAAAGAGUUUGGGAUAAGUCCCUCAGACAUCCCCUUCUCCCAGAAUGCUGGUGGUCGCGCUGAGCUGUCCCCCACCUAUGAGUACGAUGGCUUUGCUACUUCAACACGCAGGGUGAAGGAGCUGACCGUGGACCCCAGCGCGCCCAUUGAGGGGCGCCCCAACAUCAACUCGGUGAACCAGCUGGACGUGCUGGAGGCACAGUGGGGCGUGGGGAGCUCCCCCCAGAGAGACGACCUCAAACUGCUCUGUGAACAGAACGAAGAGGAAGUCUCCCCACAGCUCUUCACCUUCCACGAGGCCGUGUCUCAGAUGGUGGAGAUGGAGGAACAGGUGCUGGAGGACCACCGAGCCGUCUUCCAGGAGUCGAUCCGGUGGCUGGAGGAUGAGAAGGUUCUGCUGGAGAUGACGGAGGAGGUGGAUUAUGACGUGGACACAUACGCAACGCAGCUGGAGCAGAUCCUGGACCAGAAGAUUGAGAUCUUAACCGAGCUGCGAGACAAGGUGAAGUCGUUCCGCUCGACGCUGCAGGAGGAGGAGCAAGCCAGCAAGCAGAUCAACCCCAAACGGCCCCGCCCCCUCUGAGCUCCGCCCCCUUCCUUCUCCAUGGAGGGGGCCCCCACCUGGCCCGCUCAGAGAAGGCCUGGGGGGCGCCCGCGUCUGAAGGUUUCAUGAAGGAUUGCGUCCGUCAGUCUGUCAGCGCUGACCGUGAAUAAAUAUCAAACCUGCACAACACAACAACAACAAAAACAAAAAAAAAGAAAAACUCACAACAGCGCCCCCCGGUGGUGGUACCACUCCAGCACGUCCUUUACCUGUCACCACCUGGGAUCUGUCCGAGGAGCUGGCUCGUUCUGUCCACCCUGCCGUCCACGAAAAAGAAACGGGGGAGGAAAAAAACAAAGGACUAGAGGAAGAAAAAAAAAAUACACACUAGACCUUGGGGAACUCCAGUAUUCAAUUCCUGCCUUUUUAAUUGGAAUGGGAAGAAAAAAACAGUUUUAUCCCCUACGUAUUUUAUUUAUAUAUUUUUUGUUUUAGGUUAUUUCGUUUUUUUUUGUUUUGUUUUUAUCUAUAUAGUAAAAAAAGAUUUGUAUAGUAAGAGACUGUUGGCUGGCUCCCGGCUGCCGGUCUGUAGGCUGGGUGUGUUGAAGGGUAAUGACGGUCCUGACACGUUUGCAUGUAUACGCAGAUCAGCUCGGAGCUGAAGUCCACCCCAUCACAGGCAUUAGCCAGCACUGUUUAUAGACAUGACUUUAGGGCCAGUGUUCCACCCUCCCUCCCUCUCUCCUUCUCCCUCUCUCCCCCCCUCUCCCUCUUUCCCCUGCUCUCUCUCUCUGCUGCGUACAGUAUCACAGUCUAUGUAAGGGUACGUUGUUUGUGCAGCUCUCCCCCUCUCUGCUCCCCUGCUCUCUCCCUCUCUUCCCCUCUCCCCUCUUUCCCCUACCCUGCUCUCUCUCUCUCUGCCGCGUACAGUAUCACAGUCUGAGUAAGGGUACGUCAUUUGUGCAGCUCCCCCCCCCCCCCCGUUACCUGUGUGUCUCGGACACCUGUCUGUAUUCCGCUUCGGUUUCUGUGCCAUAUCGUGUACGUUUAUGCGGCACCCGAGUUUUCCGUGCGACGUCGAAUCAUUCCUCCAUUCCUCUUUCCUUUUAAUACCGAGAAGAAGAAAAAAAAAAAGAAAGAAAAAACUCUUUUCCACCUCAUGUGACACUUUAUUUGUAUAAAAAGAGAAAAGGAAAAAAAAAUUUGAAAAGAUAAACGGGGGGGGGGGGGGGGGGAAUAACGAAACAAAAAACGCUGAUAACAAACGUUUAGUGCGUAGUUACUGACCUGCUGUUCGCAGAUGUUCUCUGGGCCUGUGCGCCUGAUGUAAUGCUGUGGAGCUGACCGAAUAAAAUGGGGACUGUUUGAUUUGA